AAGAUGUUGUCUUUGAUAUUUGUCUUCAUGGUCCUGAAGCCUCCCUUCAUUUUCUGCAGUUUGACUGACCCUGUGUGCUUUUUGAGAAUGAAAAACAAGAAAAACCUAGAAGGAGAUAAAGAAAAAGACUGUUUCUUUUCCAUUUAUACAGGGCAUAGAAACAUGAAAAAUGAUUAUUUCAGUAGAAAUCUAGAUAAACAGUUAACACCUAAGAACAUCCACUUGAUUUUCUCUCUUUAUUUUGCCAUGGAAGAAAUCAAUAGGAAUCCUCAUAUUUUACCAAACAUUUCUCUGCUAGUUGACAUCAAAUGUAACCUGGUUGCUGACAAGAGGAAAUCUGGUUCUACUAAAAAAAGAAGUGAAAAUUUUCCUAACUACUACUGUAAAAAUCAGAGAAAAUAUUUACUCGUACUUACAGGACCCAUGUGGGAAGCCUCUGCAACACUAGGACCAUUCCUGUACAUGGCCAGAACUCCAGAGAUCUACUAUGGUGAUUUUCAACCUCUCCUGAGUGCCCAUGAACAAUUUCCUUAUCUCUACCAGAUGUCUUCCAAGGACACAUCUCUACCACUAGCCAUGGUGUCCCUACUGGUUCACUUCAGAUGGAACUGGGUAGGAGUGAUCAUUUCAAAUGAAGACCGUGGAAUUCAAUUUCUUUCUGAAUUGAGAGAAGAGAUGCAAAGGAAUAUUGUCUGUUUAGCAUUUGUGAGUUUUAUCACAAAUGAUGAUAUUUCAUACUUUGAAAAGGCUAACAAGUAUAAUAAGCAGAUUAUGAAAUCAUCAGCAAAAGUUGUGAUUGUUUAUGGAGACAACGACUCUACUCUACAAAUACACUUUAUAGCAUGGAAAUUUUUAAAAAUUAAUAGAAUCUGGAUCAGUGUAUCACAAUUUGACAAGAUGACAGUUAUAGGAGAUUUCUUGCUUGACUCCAUCUAUGGUACUCUCAUUUUUUCACAUCAGAAUUCUGAGAUGUCUGAUUUUAAACAAUUUAUUCAGACAGUGCACCCUUCAAAUUACAGUAAGGAAAUUUCAUUUGCUAAACUAUGGUGGAUUUAUUUGAAGUGUUCUUUGCCAUCAUCUAAUUGUAAGAAACUGAAGAGUUGUUCUGCCACAACUUUAUUGAAGUGGUUAUUUAGGCAUCAGUUUGGAAUGUCCAUGAGUGAUACAAGUUAUAACUUAUACAAUUCUGUAUAUGCUGUGGCACACUCGCUCCAUGAGCUACUUCAGCGACAAGUAGACACAUGGUCAGACCAUCGUGGGAAAGGGCUGGAAUUUGACUCUUGGCAGAUGUUUUCUUUGCUGAAGAACAUAAAAUUUGUAAAUCCUGCUGGAGACAUAGUGACCAUGAAUGAGGAGGCAAAACGGGGUACACAAUAUGACAUUUUCUAUGUCACAGAUUUUAAACAAUCCUGUGGAAUUAAAGUGAAAAUAGGAAAGUUUUCUGGACAUUCUUCAAAUGAUCCACAAUUGUACAUAUCUGAUGAAAUGACAGAGUGGGCCACUGAUUUUAGACAGACUCCACCCUCCAUAUGCAGUAGUCCUUGCAGUCCUGGACACAGAAAGUCCCCUCAGGAGGGAAAAGCUGUCUGCUGUUUUGUUUGUGAUCCCUGUCCAGAAAAUGAAAUUUCCAACAUGACAAACAUGGAUCAUUGUGUGAAGUGUCCAGAUGACCAGUAUGCCAACACAAAACGAACUCACUGCCUCAAAAAGGCUGUCACAUUUCUGGCUUUUGAGGAUCCCCUGGGAAUGUCUCUGGCUGGCUUGGCUCUGUGUUUCUCUUCUCUUACAGCUCUUGUGCUCGCUAUAUUUUUGAAGCAUCAAGACACUCCCAUAGUCAAGGCCAAUAACCAAUUUCUCAGCUAUGUACUACUCAUCUCCCUCAUAUUUUGUUUUCUCUGUCCCUUGCUCUAUAUUGGCCAUCCCCGUAUGGCCACCUGUAUCUUGCAGCAGACAACAUUUGCAAUUUUCUUCACCAUGGCAACAUCUGCUGUCUUGGCUAAGACAAUUACUGUGGUACUAGCAUUCAAGAUCACUGUUCCAGAUAGAAGAAAGAGAUGGCUGCUGGCAUCAGGUGUACCUAACAUCGUCAUUCCCAUCUGUACCAUGAUCCAACUGAUUCUCUGUGGAAUCUGGCUGGGAACUUCUCCUCCAUUUGUUGAUGCUGAUGUAUACACUGAACAUGGCCAUAUUUUGAUUGUCUUCAACAAAGGUUCAGUUAUUGCCUUCUACUGUGUCCUGGGAUAUUUGGGCUCCAUUUCCCUGGCUAUCUUCACAGUAGCUUUCCUGGCCAGAAAUCUGCCUGACACAUUCAAUGAAGCCAAGUUCCUGACAUUCAGUGUGAUGGUGUUCUGCAGUGUGUGGAUCACCUUCCUUCCUGUCUACCAAAGCACUAAGGGCAAGGCUACAGUAGCUGUGGAGAUUUUCUGUAUCUUGGCCUCAAGUGCAGGGCUGCUUUUUUGCAUAUUUGCCCCAAAGUGCUACAUUAUUUUGUUCAAACCACAGAUAAAUUCUUUUCAUAAGAUCAGGAAACGACAUUCUAAAGCUGAAAAUGUCCAUUAA